AUGGACUUCGAAAACGUGAACCCACUGAACGUCCGGCUGAACGCGAUCUCAGGCAAUUUGUUGCCGAUGUCCGCCGGCGACAAGCUGUUCCCAGGGACUUGGAAGAUAUACAGUGCUCUUGUGUGGUUACUUCAGCUGACUCAGCUUGUCGCUCUGUUCCUGGGGAUGAUGUUCGUGCCGGUGGAAGAGGCUUUAAUAAACGGCACCACCACCAUCGUGGUCUCCACCGAGCUGUUCUUCAUAGUCGCGCGGAUUCACGUGUGCAGGUGUCUGGUGAUGCGGCUGAUCGGGAAGCUGAACGAUAUACUGAGCGCCGACGACGACAUCAUGAGAAACGUCGUCCGAGCGACCCUAAACCCUACGGAUCGGCCGCUCAAGUUCUACUGGGCGACCGCCGUAUUCGCGAUAGCCUCUUGGAAUGGUGCGGCGAUCGCGGUAGUAUUCACGAAGAAUACCUUCACCUAUGAAGAUUACAGCAUGCCGGCCGCCUUUUCGAAACAGCCGUUUUCCACCGGCACUUUUCUCAUGGGGAGCCUCGUGGUGUUCCUUGGCACUAUGUACAACUGCACGAAGAAGGUCGGCGCGGACGUGUACAUGAUACACCUGGUGCUGCUGAUGACGACGCAGUAUCGAUACAUCGCGGUCAAACUCGCCGAGAUUUUUCGCGGGGGAAAUUUUGCGCCAAGUGACGAUGGUUCUCAGGAGAGAUUUGAUUUCGAGAUGAACCGACGGGCGGAAAGAGAGAUGAGAGCGUUAUGCAGACGUCACAAUGCCGUCGUUCAAAUGACGUUUGCGCUGAAGAAAUUGCUGUCAUUAAUCUUCAGUCUAAUUUACGUGAACAGCGUUUUUCGAUUUUGCUUUAUCGCCAUUAUGCUCAGCGCAAUACCAUCGCAGCCUCUCUUGAUAGGAUUCUUGAUCCUUGCGUAUACAUCCGGCGCAAUGGUACAGCUUUACACGCUGUGCUCCGGCGUGCAGCAACUGUUAGACGCGAGUACAGAACUGACGAAUGAAGCAUUUCACGAGGAUUGGUACCGCUUCGGACCGUCAGUGAAACGUUCUUUCAUGUUCCUGAUAAUGGCGAAUAACAUGGAAUGCAAACUCGCGACUUUCGACAAGUUCAAUCUAUCUCUACCUUCGCUAAUGACAAUCUUAAAUCAAUCGUAUUCCGUCGCCUUGCUGUUUCUAAAAAUGCAGUGA